GACAUGUCCAUGAUCUAGUAACCAAAAACAAGACAAUAGUUUUUUUACUAGUUUACCCUUCUUCUCAUUUGCACUCUGAGUUCUUAGAAAACUCGCCGUACCAACAAAAAUGGCGGCUUGUCUUCAAACGCAUUUCCUCAAAACCAUACCCUUUCAGUUUCGCUCCUCCACAUCUUCUUCAAAACCAACUUCCCUAAGAUGUACUUGCUCCGCCGCCACCCCUUCUACCAAAAAAUCCUACAAAAUCACUCUCCUCCCCGGCGACGGCAUAGGUCCCGAAGUCGUUUCCGUCGCCAAAGACGUUCUUCUCCUCACCGGAUCCCUCCAUGGGAUUAAGCUCGAAUUUCAAGAGAAGCUUUUAGGUGGAGCUGCAUUUGAGGCUACUGGAGUACCUUUACCUGAUGAUACCCUUUCUGUUUCUAAGCAAUCUGAUGCUAUUCUCCUUGGUGCCAUUGGAGGGUAUAAAUGGGAUAAAAAUGAGAAACAUCUGAAGCCAGAGACUGGAUUGCUUCAGCUACGAGAAGGGCUUCAAGUAUUUGCAAAUCUCAGACCGGCAACCGUGUUCCCGCAGUUAGUGGAUGCUUCUACUUUGAAGAGAGAGAUUGCUGAGGGGGUUGAUCUCAUGGUUGUACGAGAACUAACCGGAGGUAUCUAUUUUGGAAAACCCAGGGGCUUUGGUACCAAUGAACAAGGCCAAGAGAUUGGCUUUAAUACUGAAAUUUAUGCUGCACACGAGAUUGAUCGUAUUGCUCGUGUUGCAUUUAACAUUGCUCGGAAGCGUGGUGGGAAACUUUGCUCUGUUGACAAAGCUAAUGUACUAGAGGCAUCCAUGCUUUGGAGGAAAAGAGUUACAGCGUUAGCAGAAGAAUAUCCUGAUGUUGAGCUCUCACACAUGUAUGUUGAUAAUGCCGCAAUGCAACUAAUUCGCUACCCAAAACAGUUUGACACUAUUGUAACAAACAACAUUUUUGGUGAUAUAUUAUCUGACGAGGCUUCAAUGAUCACUGGAAGUAUUGGGAUGCUUCCUUCUGCUAGCCUUGGGGAUUCGGGACCUGGGCUUUUUGAACCUAUACACGGUUCUGCACCUGAUAUUGCUGGACAGGACAAGGCAAACCCAUUUGCUACUGUUCUUAGUGCUGCUAUGCUUUUGAAAUAUGGCCUUGGAGAAGUAGAGGCUGCUGAAAGAAUAGAGAGUGCAGUUCUGGAGACAUUGAACAAGGGAUUUCGAACUGCUGACAUAUAUUCUGCUGGAACGAAGCUGGUAGGAUGCAAACAAUUAGGUGAAGAGAUACUCAAGUCGGUUGAAUCUCACGUUCCCGCCACUGUAGGAGUGUAAUUUUAAGAUCAACUCAGCAUAGAGUUUUGCAGGGUCUUGUUUGUCUUUGGAGAUUAACACGAGGAUCAAAGCUGAAAAGAUAUUUUAUGAGAGCUCUGGCUUUCAUAUGCACAGUCAUCUGAAUAAAGGCCAGAUAUCAUUUCAAAUUGAUUUUGUUGUGUAAUCUCUCAUAGUUAUUUUAUUUCAAGUUAUUAACAUUGAAAUUGAGAUUGUUUACCGUGUAAAAGUAUGUUUUGUGUAAAAGUAUGUUUUGUUAGAUUUAUUAU